AUACGAAAAACCCUAGAUCCUCUCCAGCAAUUCUAUUCGCAUUAUAUUUUUGCACGGCGCUGCCUUCAUCUCUCAAAGCUCUGUUUCGCUGGUCUAUCAAUCCUGUGAGUCGCGUAGCAGAAACGUCAAGAUGAGUCGCGGGGCGGCAGCUGGAGCUAAGGGGAAGAAGAAGGGGGCAACCUUCGUGAUUGACUGCGCGAAGCCAGUGGAGGAUAAGAUCAUGGACAUUGCGUCACUUGAAAAAUUUCUCCAGGAGAGGAUAAAGGUUGGUGGCAAAGCCGGUGCUCUUGGUGACAGCAUUACCGUCACUCGUGAAAAGAGCAAGAUCACCGUUACGUCCGACAGCAACUUCUCUAAAAGGUAUCUUAAGUACUUGACCAAGAAGUACUUGAAGAAACACAAUGUGCGGGAUUGGCUCCGGGUGAUUGCUUCCAACAAAGACAGGAAUGUGUAUGAAUUGAGGUACUUCAACAUUGCUGAGAACGAGGGAGAGGAGGAAGAUUGAAGACCCAAUUCAGUAUUUCAUCAAAUUAUAUGUUUUAGUUUGCCUUUUUCAGAGCCCCCUUAUCUUUUUCAGCUGUUGGAUCUGUAAGACUUGUUGAGGUUGUUUUGUGAUUCUUCUGAUUUUGUUGAAAUUUUGUUAUAAUUAGAUAUCUACUUUUCAUGUAAGAGCUACUAAAUACAAUGCAGAUUUCUUGCUCCAGUUUGGUUAUAGAGAUCUUUCUAUUGGCAUUGGUUUUGGAUUA